CUUUGAGUCCACAACACUACACAAGAGCCAUCAACUCUCUACCUCAGUUUUAACUACUACUCAUUUAGGAAGAGUAUUGUUUGCUUAGAGCACCGAGAGAAUGAUGGCUAAGGGAAGAGGCAGUGCAAGCGCGGUCCAGAGUGCGGCACUACUGGUGAUUUUGUGCGUGGUAGGACAGUGCAUUGUUACUGAGGCCGCUACAUACGUUGUUGGAGGCAGCGGCGGAUGGACCUUCAACUCUGUUGGGUGGACUAGCGGCAAGAGGUUCAGGGCUGGGGAUGUACUCGUGUUCAAUUAUAGCCCGAGUGUUCACAACGUGGUGGCAGUAAGUGCUGCUGGCUACAAAAGCUGCACUGCCCCAAGGGGGGCUAGAGCUUUGACGAGUGGAAGAGACCGCAUCACACUGCGCAGGGGAACCAACUACUUCAUCUGCUCCUUUGCUGGCCAUUGCCAGGCUGGCAUGAAGAUUGCCGUCACUGCUGCUUGAAGAUAUUUAUGCAAUAGAGACUAAUUAAGGCUAAUAUUAUGCACGUUUGCAGUAUGUAUUAUGAGAGAGCUAUGCGUUGUGCGACUAGUAUUGAGCUUAAUCGUUAUCUUAUGAAUAAAGAUGAUAUGGUUUGACUAUUAA